AUGACUACGAAAGACGAAUCUUCCAUGCGUGCCACACUUGCUGGACUGGGCCGCGAAGUGUAUGUGUCGCAGAGAGGUCUCGAACAUGUCCUGAAAGAGCUGAAGGACAAGAAUUUAUUGGUGGAUGAUGUGCCGUCAUCACGCUCUUCUGUGAAAAGAGCGCGUGAAGAAGACUUUCAGUCCUGCUCCAAUCGAUAUGGAGCUUUAGUGCAGGAACUGCAGCUUCCCAUGGAGAAUGAUCCGAAGAAGUUCCGAACAAUUCCGUUCGUGCACCCGGCGGCGCUCAUGCAACACAUGUGCUCCCACCAGCAGUUCGCAGGCUUCCUGAUGCAGAAGAUGGGCCUCGCCGUUUGCAAGCAUGACGUGCCCUGGAAGCUCAUCGUAUAUUCGGAUGAAGUGACUCCGGGUAACGCGCUCAAGACCAAGAACCUGCGGAAGGUGCAGUGCGUUUACUGGUCACUGCAGCAGCUUGGUCAUAGAGCUCUGGCGUCAGAAUCGCUUUGGUUCCCGGUUGUUGCAAUCAGAAGCCAAGUUUGCGCCGAGAUUGGAGGGAUGACAGUUCUAUGGAAGCACAUCCUGGAGUUGUUUUUUUCAGACCACGACUGGCGAGCAGGCUUGUUCUUGAACACGCCCUGCGGCAACGUGACCCUCUUUGCCAAGUUGGGGAUCGUGGUGGCCGACGAACUGGCUCUGAAGCAGACUGUCGAAAGCAAGGGCGCGUCAGGUCUGGUUUUCUGCAUGCGAUGUUCCAACAUCGUGAAGCAUGAUAACAGCGCGGCCGCCCACAAUGCUGCAGUCUUGCCAUCCACGUGCACGGAUGCCAGCAGGUUCCGUCUGCACACGAAUGAGACCACCAGGAAUCUCGUCCACUUCUUGGCUGAGCAGGAGGAGCCCAGCUCGAAGAAGAGAUUCGGUCAGCUGCAGACGGCCUUGGGAUUCAACCAUAGAAGGCACGGGUUGCUGAUGAGCAACAUCGGGUAUCAGAUACCCGAGUGCAUCAUGUUUGACUGGUUCCAUAUAUACCUCGUACACGGGGUUGUGGGCCAUGAGUGUGGCUUCUUGCUCGGCACCCUCAAGGAUGCUGGCGUGGAGGAAGAUGCCAUUGACAAGUUCGUGGCAAGCUUCAAAUGGCCUGUCCAAUUUGAGGGUGGCAAUGCACGGGCAAUCCUCAAAGGAGGUCGCGAGGGAAAGUUCGGCCCCCUGAAGGGUUCGGCUUCGGAGCUGCUGAGCUUUCUGCCAGUCAUGAGACUUUACGUGUUGCUCAUGCUCUGGAACCAAGUCUCUCAUGAUGCCAUGAAAGCGUGUCGCUGUUUUUUGCUUCUGGUGGAGGUGAUAGACACAUUACACAAAGCCACUCGAGGCGAAGCAGUCCAGCCAGCAGACUUGCAAGCUGCCAUCCGUGCGCACGCGGAAGCCUUGCUUGACGUCUACGGUGACGUCGUGGUUUGCAAGCUGAGUGGUCGUGAACAUGUGGCAAAGGUGGAGUUUCAUGCGGAGGUUGAUGACAGGAUGUACACAUGCAUCACUCCAUGGCAGUACGUUGACAACCACAUGUAUAGA